UCAUUCAUCACACACUCACACAUUGAACCGGUCGCCUUCUCGUCGGGCCGCGCUGUUUACAUUAACAAACGAUUAUACCAUACGCGGUAACUGCACGACAACUCGUGUUUUGUGAUUUAAUUUAUUAUUAUAGUUUAGUUAACAGUUAAAAUGGCCAACAACCGGGCCGCCAAGUCUGGAUUUGCAGCUGAAGCGCAGCGGAAGAUUAACAGCAAAUACAGUGAGGAGCUCGCUGAAGAAUGCCUGGUAUGGAUCCGGCAAAUCACUGGAGAGCCAGAAAACAUAUCGGGUGACAUGGACAACUUCUAUGAAGUGCUUAAAGACGGCACGCUGCUCUGCAAACUCUCCAACGAGAUCCAGCCCGGCACUAUAAAGAAGAUCAACGAAUCCAAGAUGGCAUUUAAGUGCAUGGAGAACAUCAACGCGUUCUUGGAAUCGGCGAAGAAUUUCGGUGUCCCCGCGCAGGAGACCUUCCAAACUGUUGAUCUUUGGGAGAGACAGAAUCUCAAUUCUGUAGUUAUAUGCCUGCAAUCGCUUGGCAGAAAGGCGGGUAACUACGGUAAACCAUCCAUCGGUCCAAAAGAAGCCGAGAAGAACGUAAGGAACUUCACGGAAGAACAACUCAGGGCUGGACAAGGAGUUAUCUCUCUUCAAUAUGGCUCUAAUAAGGGAGCCACCCAAAGCGGUAUCAACUUUGGGAACACGAGACAUAUGUAAUGUGUAGUUUAAUCCGGGGACACUGAAGCCAUGUUGACCUCUUCAUACAAAUAAGUCAGAUAUUGUCGUAGUAAAAGGCGUAACAUGGCAAUUAUUGACCCGUGCUUUUGUUGUAUGUAUACACUUCUGAAAAGACGAGAUAUUGGUAACAAAAAUAAUAAUAUUAACGUACAAUUCAUUUCCCUUAGUAGAUUUUAAAAAUGUGUACGUGAGUAUGCAUGAAAUUGGCUUUUUUAUAAAGUGUUAUUAAUUAUUAAUAAUAAGCUCUGUACUUAUGAAGUAACAAUUACUUAAAGUACGUAUUUAAGGACCAUUGCAGUUGAAAUCGUGGAAUCUCUAAGUAAAAUAUUAUUGUAUGUUACGACUUACUUAAGUCCCACGUUCAAAGUAUAGCAUUUAGAUUUAUCAUUCCUGAUUCAUUCCGUAUUUUUGGAUUUAUGUUCGCUUAUUGAAAUGUAAGUUUCUUUUGAACUUACGGUGUUAAAGAUAUAACAUAAAAAAAUUUAAAAAAAAAACAUUUCCAUAUUAUUAGUUUUUAGAUUUAUGCCAAUUGAGAAUUGGAGAAUUUUAAAAUUAUAAUAAAAUAGUACAAUAAUUGAAAACUGUUCAUUUAAAUAAUUAUUGUUGUAUUUCAUUUAUUACGGAUAUUAAUAUACCUAUUUACGAUUUUGAUAUAUUGUGCCUUCUUAUCCCAUAGGGAUUCUUAUCUGCGAAGGUGACUAACAAGAAGUUUAACUAAAACUGGGUAGUUUCCAGUACCCUUAUUUAUUAAAAUUUAACUAUUCAUUCCAUAAUAUUAUUAUAUUUAUUGUGUUAGUAUACUGUGAUUAACGAUUUUUAUAAAUACGUCUAUUCUUUUAGAUAAUGUAUUUGACGAUGCGUAAGAUUUUUUUGUAAGUUCACACACUUUGUGGAAGUACGUAGAAUAAAAUAAGUAAUAUGAAAUUAA